UUUAUUAUACGUACGCUAUUUCAGAUGUGAAGUUGAUUGUCACGUUUCACCCAGGUGAGGAAGGAGAUCGGCUGCCGCCGGCACCACCAAUCGCGACGAGCAGCCGCAACGAUGGUCGGAGUUGCAGCUAAUCGACGGCAGCGAGGAACGGCGGUUGCAGUUGCGGUGGCGGCAGAGGCAGCGGAUAGACGGCAGCGAGGAAUGGCGGUUGCAGUUGCGGUGGCGGCGGAGGCAGCGGAUCGACGGCGGAGGAACGGCGGUUGUCUUCGUCUCUCUUCGCCCCUCCAUCUUUCUCGUCUCCCUCCUCUUUUUCCCGGCGAGCAACGACGAGAAGCUUCGCGGUAGUCCGGCGAGCUCAUUCCGGCGAAGAGAGGCAGUGAGCAGUGGCGGCAGUCCGAUGGUGGCUGAGGUCUUCUCCGGUCUUCAUCUCCCCUGGCGAAGAGAGAGGCAGUGAAUGUUGGUGGCCGACGGUGAGGAAGAUGGAAAAUCCCAGGCAGAUUGGUCAAUUACAGCUUAUGUAUUUGAGUCACACAGCAGCCAUUGCAGCAAGAAACAAUAACAAUGGGAUUCCUGUCAAAAUGGAUUGAUUUGAAUUUGGAAAAGCAAGUGGAAUGGCUCCCCGUGCAAGUGGAGUGAAGUUUUCAGCAGAGGAGGAGAGGAUUGUGAUUGAUCUUCAGGCACAAUUCGGGAACAAAUGGGCAAGGAUAGCGACGUAUUUGCCAGGAAGAACGGACAAUGAUGUGAAGAAUUUUUGGAGUAGCAGGCAGAAGCGGCUGGCAAGAAUCCUGCACAAUUCAACGCCACAGUCUAGCAAGUCACGGGGAGACAGCAAUAGUGGCAGCAGCGUUAAGGAAGUUCCCGCUCUUCUUGAUGUUCCAUCCUUGGAGGAACCUAAGUUCAGAUCCUCUGCAAAUGAAGAAUCUUUGUCUAAGCCUCAGUCUUGCUCAUCAUCAUAUAUUGAAAAUUUCGAGGCAAUCCCAAUGCUAGAUUUAAUGAAUCCAACUUCAUUCACUUUCGAGCCUAAUCUGCUACAGCUUGAGUAUGCUCAGUGCGAGACCAAACCCUUCCAUGGGUCACAGCCACAGCUUCCCUUUCCGCAGGUUCAGACGACAGACUUUUCGUUGCCACCUCUAGAAGGUCAAGAUUUCGCCUCGAGGCUCGGGGAUCUCAACUUCUUCGAUGCGUUUGGAAAUACGAGUGGUCCAGAACCAGAGACGAGCUGUGAGGGUGUUGUGAAGCAAGAAAGUGAUGCUGUGAUUAACCCUCUAAGCCCAGAUAGCUUCAUUGAUGACUUCUCCAUAGACAUGUUUGAUCAUAUUGAACCACUACCCAGCCCAUCUGAUUGGUGAUGUGGGGAUCUCAGAUUCUCAAUGUUGUUUGAACAUGAAGGAGCUGUUUGUUUCUGAUUUUAACCAUAUUAAGUACCUGCUAACAAAGAUUUCAUACUGAUUGGUUCCCAUUAUUGUAGCAUUGGACUACCUGAUGUUUCAUACCCUGUAAUUUGUAAUCCACAGUUUAAAUACAUCAUGCAUUGCACAUUUCCUGCCCAUUAA